CUAUGACAAGUUAAAACUCUUCAAUACUUUCACUUCAUAUAAAGACACACACAUCGUAAUAAAGCACAAAAAACGAAGCAUAAUCAGCUUGAAUGGGAACCGUUUUGGACUCCCAUUUCUUGGCUCUCACAGCCAUUGUCACUGUGGGUUACCAGUUGUUGUUCUUUGUGAUCACUGCUCUUCUCAAGUUUGAUAAAGUCACUGACUUUGCUGGAAGCACGAAUUUUAUUAUAAUAGCUGUGUUGACUUUGGUUCUUAAAGGGACUUAUCAUUUUAGACAGGUAGUCUUGACAUUGCUGGUAGUGGUAUGGGGUCUUCGUCUAGGUCUCUUUCUAUUAAUGAGAAUUCUGCAGUGGGGUGAGGAUCGACGCUUUGAUGAAAUGCGUGGUAAUUUGGGAAAAUUGGCAAUUUUCUGGAUAUUUCAGGCUGUGUGGGUGUGGACUGUGAGUUUACCUUUAACCGUGGUCAAUGCAAGUGAUAGAGAUCCAUCUCUUCAGGCAGUGGAUAUAAUCGGGUGGAUUAUGUGGUCUGUGGGUGCUUCCAUUGAAGCUUCAGCUGAUCAGCAAAAACUAGCUUUCAAAAAUUCUCCAGAAAACAGAGGGAAGUGGUGUAAUGUUGGAGUUUGGAAUUAUUCUCGUCAUCCAAACUAUUUUGGCGAGAUUUUCCUAUGGUGGGGAAUUUUCAUUGCUUCCACACCUGUACUGGAAGGUGCCGAGUGGCUAGUAAUCCUUGGGCCUAUCUUUCUCACAUUGUUGCUUCUUUUUGUCAGUGGCAUACCAUUGCUUGAGGAAUCAGCAGACAAGAAGUAUGGAAAUGUGGCUGCAUACAGAGUUUAUAAGAAGACAACAAGCCCUCUUAUUCCAUUGCCUCCAAUAGCAUACAGGCGCUUGCCUUCAUGGUUCAAGGCAACUUUUCUCUUUGAAUUUCCUUUAUACAGCCGCAAUCUUCCACAAGAGCAGCCAAACUGGUAUAGAACAAACAAAGGAGAAAGAAGUCAAGGAUUGAAGAUGGGUUAGUAUUUGUUUAUUCUUUGUCUCUGCUAUGCUUUGUAUUUCUUUCUGGAACAAACAAGUGUUAGCUAUAACUACAAUGAUUCUUCUUUGUUCAUUGUUCAUUUAUAUUUUGUUUACAGUUGUAAUAAUUUUCGAGUAAUUUCCCAGACUAACAUCUGGUUAAGGAUUCAAUCUUCCUUGGAACCUUUGCAUAACAUAUAUCCAUCAAAUGCUUUAGUCA